AUGAUUUAAGAUUCUCUCUUUGCUGAAUCCUUUUGGAAUCCAGUUUAUGAUAAAUGGCAAUUGAAUUUAGAUGAUGAAGAAGAAUAAACUUUUGAGCUAUACUGCGAAAACAACCUGGAGAGAUUUAAAGUGGUCUCAGGUCAAUUAUAUGCCAAUAGUUAAUAUAUAAAUUUAUUGGAAACUUAUGUUAUUUUAGAUGAGAGAGGAGUCACUCUUUAAAAUAAAUUUGGUUAAAUAAAUGUCAACGGGCCAAAGUUACAGUAGUUUUACAAGGUCGUUGACUAACAUUGCAUGCAUUUGGAUAUUUAAUUGUAUUAUGAAAUAGAAAAAGUGUUGUUUGACUUAGAGAAAUUUUAGGUGUUGUAAGUAAGAGAUAAAUAGAGUGGUAUGAUAAAAUCGAUAAAAAAGUAUGCAAAAAUGGAAGGAAAGGAAUAUUUAAAAUAGAUAAUAAGGAACUAAAAACAUGAAUAUCUAUAUGAAGAUGAACAUUAUCUCUAUAUAGUAAUUUCGUAUUUGAAUGGAAAGCCAAUUAUAGAGUUAUCGUUCGAAUAAUCGUUUUUUGGUUUAUUAAAAAUGUUGUACAAAUACCAUAAUGAGGGGUUGGUUCUAAAUCACUUUUAAGUUUCUAACAUAAUUUUGUUGGAUGAUAAUUGCAAUAUGGAGGUCUUAGACAAUGGUAAGAUUGAAAAAAUGACAAACGAAUAUUCUAAAGAAAUAUUCUAAGAUGUUCAAUUAAUCAAGUCUUACUUAAUUUCAAAAUUUCCUAAAGAAAAGGAUACAGUACAGAAUGUGAUUAACUCCAAUGUGCAAUCUGUUCAAGAACUCUUAUUUAAUGAAAUUUUCAUUAAUUAUUUUGGCGAAAGUGAAUUCUAUAGACUACUCAAUUCACAACCAUAUUAAAGACUAAACCAUCAGUCACAAAAUUCCAAUUUAAAUCUGUUAGAAACGUUUAAUACAAUCAGAUCAAGCAUUAUGGACUCAUCGGAUGAAUUAGAAGAUGUUCAAUUAAAUAGACAAUUUAAUUUUUCUUCCUAGUAAUUUGAUGAUUCACCAAUGCUCUCUCCCAGUUAGAAACCAAAACAUUAGUCGAGAUUAUCAAGUAGACAAGUAGUUUUGGAGACACUUCUUUAAGAAAACAUAAUAACAUAAUAAUAAUUUUAAUAGUUCUACAGAGAGGAGGACUUUCAAAAUGAAUAGGAAAUCAAUGAGUUUAGUGAAAUGCUGACAAAAGAAAUCGAAAACUCCUCUCUAACUACUCCAAUAUAGAGUGAUUCUAACACGACUUGUCCAAAUACAGUUAUUAUUCAUAGUAAGAAAAAUGCAGCAAAUCGCAUUUGCGAUAUUCUACAUGAAGCUUAAUAGGAAUUAAUCUAGGCAGCCAAAAAACCAUAUAAUGUGAAUAAAGUGCAGAAUGUAAGGAAAAAUCUAUUUAAUUUGCAUUGA